GCUGCAGGCUGGGCGCAGCGGCAAGAUGGCGGGGCGGUCUAUGCAAGCAGCAAGAUGUCCCACUGAUGAACUGUCAUUAACCAACUGUGCUGUGGUGAAUGAGAAGGACUUCCAAUCUGGGCAACAUGUUGUUGUGAAGACUUCUCCCAACCACAAAUACAUUUUCACGCUGAGAACCCAUUCCUCAGUCGUUCCUGGCAGCAUCGCGUUCAGCUUGCCCCAGAGAAAAUGGGCUGGACUUUCCAUUGGACAAGAGAUAGAUGUUUCCUUAUACACUUUCGACAAGGCUAAGCAGUGUAUUGGCACAAUGACAGUUGAGAUAGAUUUUCUGCAGAAGAAGAACAUUGACUCCAACCCCUAUGACACAGACAAGAUGGCUGCUGAAUUCAUCCAGCAGUUCAACAGCCAAGCCUUCUCAGUAGGCCAGCAGCUUGUGUUCAGAUUUAAUGACAAACUUUUUGGCCUGUUGGUAAAGGACAUGGAAGCUAUGGACCCCAGCAUUCUCAAAGGAGAGUCUGGAGCAAGCAAGAAGCAGAAGAUUGAGGUUGGUUUGGUUCUUGGAAACAGUCAAGUUGCCUUUGAAAAAGCUGAGAACUCCUCUCUGAAUCUGAUCGGUAAAUCAAAGACCAAGGAGAACCGCCAGUCAAUCAUCAACCCAGACUGGAAUUUUGAGAAAAUGGGCAUUGGGGGCCUUGACAAAGAAUUCUCAGAUAUUUUCCGACGAGCUUUUGCUUCUCGAGUUUUUCCACCUGAAAUUGUGGAGCAAAUGGGCUGCAAACAUGUGAAAGGCAUUCUCUUGUACGGACCUCCAGGCUGCGGUAAAACACUUAUGGCGAGACAGAUUGGCAAGAUGCUGAAUGCCAGAGAACCAAAGGUGGUCAAUGGUCCAGAAAUCCUCAAUAAAUAUGUGGGUGAAUCUGAGGCCAACAUCCGCAAGCUGUUUGCUGAUGCAGAAGAAGAACAAAGAAGGCUUGGAGCAAACAGCGGUGUGCAUAUCAUAAUUUUUGAUGAGAUUGAUGCAAUCUGCAAGCAGAGAGGAAGCAUGGCGGGUAGCACUGGAGUCCAUGAUACUGUUGUAAAUCAGUUGCUGUCUAAAAUUGAUGGAGUAGAGCAGCUCAAUAACAUCCUAGUGAUUGGAAUGACCAACAGACCUGACCUGAUUGAUGAGGCUCUGCUGAGACCAGGGAGACUGGAGGUGAAAAUGGAGAUUGGCUUGCCAGAUGAGAAGGGUCGAUUUCAGAUUCUUCAUAUCCACACGGUACGGAUGCGGGAACACCAGCUGCUGGCUGAAGAUGUGGACAUUGGAGAACUGGCGGUUGAGACUAAAAACUUCAGUGGUGCCGAAUUAGAAGGUUUAGUUCGAGCUGCUCAGUCUACUGCUAUGAACAGACACAUUAAGGCCAGCAACAAAGUGGAAGUAGAUAUGGAGAAGGCGGAGAGCUUGCGUGUGACAAGAGGAGACUUCUUUGCAUCUUUGGAGAAUGAUAUCAAACCAGCGUUUGGAACCAACCAGGAAGACUAUGCAAGCUACAUCAUGAAUGGUAUUAUUAAGUGGGGUGAUCCAGUAACGAGGGUAUUGGAUGAUGGGGAGCUGCUUGUUCAACAAACUAAGAACAGUGACCGCACUCCUUUGGUUAGCGUUCUUCUAGAAGGUCCCCCCCACAGUGGGAAGACAGCUUUAGCAGCAAAAAUAGCAGAAGAAUCCAACUUUCCCUUUAUCAAGAUCUGUUCUCCUGAUAAGAUGAUUGGAUUUUCUGAAACGGCCAAGUGCCAAGCUAUGAAGAAGAUCUUUGAUGAUGCGUACAAGUCCCAACUCAGCUGUGUUGUCGUGGAUGACAUUGAGAGACUUCUAGAUUAUGUCCCAAUUGGACCACGGUUCUCUAAUCUGGUGUUGCAAGCCCUUCUUGUACUGCUAAAGAAGGCCCCCCCCCAGGGUCGCAAGCUUCUAAUCAUUGGAACCACCAGUCGCAAAGAUGUCCUGCAGGAAAUGGAAAUGCUGAAUGCUUUCAGCACUACGAUUCAUGUGCCCAACAUUGCAACAGGGGAGCAGCUGAUGGAGGCUUUGGAGCUCCUGGGUAACUUCAAAGACAAGGAACGCAGCACUAUUGCACAGAAUGUCAAAGGGAAGGCUGUCUGGAUUGGUAUCAAGAAGCUGCUGAUGCUGAUAGAAAUGUCAUUACAAAUGGAUCCUGAGUAUCGGGUGAAAAAAUUCUUGGCUCUUCUGAGAGAAGAAGGAACACUGAAGGUGGACCAAGUGCAAGAUCAACAGCUGGAAAAGUGACCAACCUGGAGAAUAUACACUGGGAUCUUUACUCGCCUGUGUUCAACACACUGGACAAAGUGAAAUGCUCCCCUGUUUCCAAGAACCCAAUGUGGAAUCUGCAUGUUUAGUGCAAUACAGUAUCUUUAUUCUUCGUCUUUAAUAUACUGAUGUCAUGUGGAAGUGUCUUCUAGAACACUGUGCUUCUGUCUCUGUGCAGGCGAGGCUGCGUUCUCAUUUGAUUUUAGCAUGGGGGAAAUGUCCUGUAAGUUUUGAAGCUAAUGCUCACUUGUGUUCAGCAUCCAGUUGCUACAAUAGUAUAGAAAUCCUGAUUUCUAAUAAAACCUGACAGUCUGUGGUGAAGGCAUAUUAAAGUACUACUCUGUGUUAUCCU